GGUAACGCCCGCCUUGGCUUUAAUGGCGAAUAAUCUUUGCAGAAUGUCGGCUCCAAAAGACCGCAUCAAUCUCAGUCUCUCGUAGUCACCGCGUCGUCUUCUCCUCGCUGCUAGUUGCCUGCUUCCUGCUCCUCCCUCCCCUUCCCAUGGCGUCGGGAGCCCCAAAACCUCUCAACCCUAAACCCCUCUCCCCCUUCUUCCUCGUCUUCCUCCUCCUCUUGUGUUCGCCCUCCUCCGCCGAGGCAAUGGAGCCGGAUUUCCACGCCGGCGACCGCGACGCGCUCCUCCGCUUCAGAUCCGAGCUCAACGACACGCGCUUGGGCCUGGCGAGCUGGAAGGGAUCCAAUUGCUCCGCCUGGGCCGGUGUAACCUGCCAGAACCGGACCGGACGGGUCGUCCGGGUCGACCUCGGCGGGUUGGGCCUCUCGGGCGCCGCACUCCCCUUCCUCUGCCGGCUCUCCCUCCUCGAAACCCUAGUCCUUCACGGCAACGCCUUUUCAGGCCCGUUUCCGCCCUGUCUUGGCCGGCUUCGAGGCCUCGGAACCCUCGAUCUCGGGCAGAACAAGCUUCAAGGACCUCUGCCGCCACAGAUUGCUAUGCUAUGGCGUCUCGAGACGCUAGUGUUGGCGGGAAACCCCAGCGUCGGCGGUCCGGUGCCGGAAUGGGUCGGUAAUUUCUCUGCCAGGCUGAAAAAACUCGAUCUUGGAUGGUGUUCGUUCGAGGGAGAGAUUCCAGAGGGUCUGUUCCAUCUCCGAUCGCUGGAAUAUCUCGAUCUCUCCGGAAAUCUCCUGGCGGGCGCGUUGGAAGAUUUCCGGCAGCCUUUAGUUUAUCUCAACCUCGCCCGCAAUCAGGUUUCAGGAACCCUCCCCUGCUUCUCGGCGUCUGUCUUUUCGCUCUCGGUACUCAACUUAGCAAGCAACGCCAUCGUUGGCGGAAUCCCUACGUGCAUCUCGUCGCUGAGGGCGUUGACAGUGCUGAAUCUCUCGUCAAAUGGUCUUCAAUACAGGAUGUCGCCGAGACUCAUCUUCUCCGACAAGCUCCUGGUUCUUGAUUUGAGCUCAAACGCGCUCUCUGGUCCGAUUCCAGGCAGUCUAGUGGAGGAAUCAGAGAGAUCUUCGUUGCAACUUCUAAAUUUAUCGUGCAACAAGCUCGUUGGGGAGAUUCCAACGGAGCUAGCGGAGUUGAGGAGUUUGCAAGGCCUUUUCUUGUCGCAGAACCAGCUUACUGGAGAGAUCCCAGUGGCUAUUGGGAAUUUGACCUACCUCCAGGCCCUUGAUCUUUCAUACAAUUUUCUCUCUGGUCCAAUUCCUGUCAGCCUCGCCGGUUGCUUCCAGCUUUGGCAACUGAAGCUAGACCACAACAACCUUUCCGGUGCCCUCCAUCCAGAGCUUGACGCCCUUGAUAGUCUACGCAUCCUAGACAUAGCUGGGAACCAGAUUUCCGGUGAGAUUCCUCUUCCUCUUGCUGGUUGCAAGUCACUUGAGGUCGUUGACUUCAGUUCAAAUAAGCUCAUAGGCAUGCUUAGUGGAGCUAUUCUUAAGUGGCAGAACCUCCGAUUCCUCUCGGUUUCUAACAACCAAUUAUCAGGCGAUCUUCCAAGUUGGAUUUUCUCAUUCCAGUCCCUACAGUUGCUUGAUCUCUCCGGCAAUCACUUCUCAGGUUUUAUUCCUGAUGGAGACUUCAACGUCAGCUCAGAGUUCAAUGGCAAUUCUAGUGAGUUGAAUGAAGGAUUCGGCGAGGGCUUGGUUUCAGUCUCAGUGGACUUCACUGGUAGCCGGCAAAUGGAGUUCAAUUACAAGCUACAAUCACCUGUGGGAAUUGAUUUGUCCAGCAAUGCUCUUCGCGGAGAGAUACCAGAUGGGUUGAUUGGAUUAAAGGGAAUAGAAUACUUAAAUCUUUCAUACAACUAUCUAUUUGGCCAUAUUCCUGGAAAUCUAGAGAAGAUGGGGAAGUUGAAAAGACUGGAUCUUUCACACAACUCCCUCUCUGGAGAAGUUCCUGCCAGCAUCUCCGGGCUUAGGGAGCUGGAGACACUAAACCUCUCCUACAACUGCCUUUCAGGGCCCGUGCCAACGAACGAUGGGCUACAGAAGUUUCCAGGGGCAUUUGCAGGGAACCCUGCGCUGUGCAUGGAGUUAUCAGGGAAAGGUUGUGCGGAGGCACAGUUAGCUGAUGGGGAGCCGAUAAGUGUAAGAAGGGGUGGAGAGGAGAGUUGGAUAUCAGUGGGGGCAUUCUGGAUCAGUGCUGUAGCUAGUUUCUAUGCGUCAGUAGUAGCAUUGCUUUGCUCACCGGUGUCGAGGGAAUAUAUCCUUCAAGCGUUGAAGCCUGAGUUCUGAGUAUGGUUUAGGAAUGGACCAGAGUUCACCAUGUGUACAGUCCAAGCUUCUUCUUUUCUGGUUUAGUAGGCUCAAUAGCUCAAAUAUUUACUUUGGCAGCUGAAGUUAGGAUUAGGAAUAUUGCUUGCAUGACAUGCAUUGUAGCUCGAUGCUUAGAUGUAUCAAUGUAGCUUGAUGUUGACAUUAGUGUUUCAUCUUGCUGAAAAGGUGCAGGUUAAUUCAUUUUCCGAAACAAAAAUAUGGUCUCAUCACAUUUGAAAGAUUCAGGCAGGUUCUUGAUGCUGUUAGAUCAGAAGCAAGCAACCUUUAGAUGAACCUCAAGGUUUUUCUUUGUCCACUUCAACUACUUGUUGGAUUGAGAAUUGGGACGAUUGCAAAUUGUAUGAUGCCAAUCUCGAUUUGUCUGCGAUUAGUAGCAUUUCCUAAAGAGCUUUUAGUGCUCCCCUGAUUAUCUCCAGUCAAAACUAGAUUGUACAGGUACCUUCAAUGCAUAGAUGCUUAGAAUUGAUUUGUGACCU